UUUGUCUACAUUUUGGCGGGAAGAUUUAAAUGCCCCAAAAAGUGAAGCAGCUGACGUACACUUUUUGUACACAACGCAUCACACUCGCGUAAAACUGCACGUAGGACGGGUGCGCAGUAAAUAGUCGAUGGGAUACUUGCUGUUCAUCUCGACGUUUCUGUUUUAUUUUAGUCGUCAUUUGUUUCGUGUUAAAUUGCAGUCCCGGCUGUGUUCAUUUGCGGUGACAUUUUAGUGCUUUUCCUGGCGAUUCCUGUGUUUCCCUGGUCGUAUUUUGCGAUGCAUCGUAACGCAACUUCCACACAAAUAACAACUCGGGCAUGCAGAAGGAGCGUCCGUCUUGAGAACAAGGACUACCAUAGCCGUAUGUCAUGGUGUGUUCAGUCCGACCCCCUUGGCUUUUUUGCACUUCUUCCGACUGAGUUGAUGUAUCAUAUUUUAAACACCUUGAGAAUUGAGGAUCUUGGUUUCCUGAGCGUCACAUCCAAAGCUUUCCGCGACGUCAUAAUUGAGUACACCCAGAGCACAUCUGGACUGAAGAGACUGCAGUUGAGGCAAACAGCGCCCUCCAGGAGGACUGCCUCCAAGCGAGCCGUCUGCAACAAUCUAGUGAACCACUUCAAGAAUGUUGGUCUGUUGCUGAAGAGAACUACUUGCCUAUUCCCGACCAGGGAGCGACUGAAAACUGUGGAGUUCAUCGUAUCUCAGCUGCAGUGUGUCCACAGGUCAUUCACCUGUCAGGCGCUAAGCUGCUAUGGCAACCUGCUGAGCACAUUCACGCGGGGAUGGGAGGAGCGAGAGUGUCUGAGGGCGUACAUCACCAUCAGCGAGAACCAGAGCAUGAUCAGCAAAAUAUUGAUAAUGCUGUCCGGCAAUCCAGGCUCCAACCCAGCCGUCGAGAUCAAAACUCGGCGAUUCUUCCGCCACGUUCUCCUGGACCAGUGCAAGACCAUGGAAGACUUGUCCAUGUGGCUGCAUUUUAUCCUGAAACCGUUUCCCAUGGUGCACCAGGCUAGGUUGCUGUAUUUGUUGUAUGGACCUCUCUGCCCGGGUACUGAUGCCGUGUUCUGGGAUUGUAUGCGGGAGACGUCCGUCGGUGACAGGCAGACCCGAUCUAGCACCAUCGCUCCUCUGGGUGAGAUUGCCAUGGCUCUCAAAGCUCUGGUCAACCACAGAGAGUGGAGUGAUGAUGAUGUCAUCAGCGUGCUAGAAGAACUAACAGGGUGUCCAGAUGAGUGGCUGAUAGAGAACGUUGCCCGAUUGCUGAUCCUGUGUGGUGAGCCCAUGGCGCUGAAGGUGCUUGGUAGCAAGGCCAUCAACGGCAAGAUGAAUGAACUAGGAAGCAUUGUUGUAGCCUUCUCUGUGGUCUUGUAUGAUGAAGGCUUGCACAUGUCAUGGCUCAUCAAGGUGGUCCAGCAGCUGUGUGGUAUGAUGAAGACGGCUCAAGACAUCAAGAGCUUCCUGGCUUCCGUCACCGCAACGUAUAAAGACUUCAUCAUUGCUUUGAUGUAUUCACCGGAAGAGGAAGUGACUCGCAUGCAGUUUCAGCUACACCACGUAGCCAUGGCUCAGGCUGACUUCAUGCAGGCAAUGAUGCAGCAGUUGUUCAACACCCAAACGGCACAGCACUCCUGAACUCUUGGAAUGUAAGAUCCAAUUUCAUAUUUGUUUUUCGUUUCAGGGAUUUUAGUUUACUGCAAACCUGUCCUACAAAGGACGAACUAAUGCAAUAGUAUCUCAUGGAGGCCCAGUGGACUUAAUUAUAUUGCAGACUUAUCUAUGUGUUUUAAUUAUU